CUUAUACGGAACAAAUUACUGACCUUUAUACUCUUUGUACAGUAAAGCUCGAAAAACUUGGAGCUUUGGAUUUCCCUUUUCGGCGUUCACCUCCGCAGAGUUGACCCACGACAUCAUUCUUAACAACUACUUCCAGCAGGACCAGGUCGUCAAUAUUUGAUUGCAUCAAUCAAUAUCCAUUUUCUUUACAACGAGCGCAAAGCAAAAUCAUUCAGCAGAUUAUCUCAUUGAGCACGCGGCAUCCUCCCUACUCUCGGCGUUGACCAUAAAAAUCCUCAUCGCUUCAAGAUGUCGUUUCUCUUUGGCGGUGGUAGGCCCCAGCCUACAUCAGAGCAGAAGAUUGCAGCAGCAGAAGCUGAGGUAGAAAUGGUGUCAGAUAUGUUCAACAGACUCGUAGCUUCCUGCACGAAGAAGUGCAUACCCAACGACUAUCGGGAGGCCGAACUGAACAAGGGCGAGGGCGUCUGCUUGGACCGAUGCGUUUCCAAAUUCUUUGAGGUCAACGUCAAAGUCAGCGAAAAGAUGCAAAAAGAGAGUGCAGCCAGGGCCGGUGGAGGAGGAGCAGUGUUUGGCAUGUAACUGAUCCUUUCGCGACGCUCAUUUGGGAGAGCUAGAGUACUCGAGGUAUAGAACCACCUCUGCAAAUGUUGAGAAAAGGGAGCGGUUUGGCACAUGGUCUAUCUACGCUAUAAUAAAGCAUGUAAUUUUACACGGUGCUCUGAAGAUGAUGUGGGCACUCGCAUCGAUACUUGCGAAGGCAUGUCUUAGCAUCGACAUUGAACAUAGCUGCAAAUCGCCUUCGGUUGUUUGCGCGACUCACUACUGAUAUGUGAUAACCUUCUUAUUUAAGCUGCGAAUUCUCAACAUACGACUUGCUAGGUGAGAUGCAGCAUGUUAGAUAGCAAGUGCUGACAUCUACAUCAAAAGCACAAAAAAUGGCAGGCGUCAGUUUAUCUUGUCACGCAGCCUCAUUAACAAUACUGCGG